AGACACAAUUUUGUAGUUAGAAUGUAGUCAACGAAGACUGCUGUUUUGAUAAGGGAAUCUUGACCGUACUAGCCAGCCAUCUUCAACCUUAAUCUCUCUCUUCAAUAAUUUCUUUCGUAUUCCUGUUGAGUCUUCUUCAGUACUUUGCAGAGAAGCUUGAGAUAUGGCGGUUGGAGAAAUGGAGAUACCAAGCGAUGGCAAAGGAGAGCCGUACAAAUACAAUGGCAAGAUGACUUCUUUUGUGGUGCUUUCUUGCAUGAUGGCCGCCAUGGGAGGUGUAAUCUUCGGCUAUGAUAUUGGAAUCUCGGGAGGAGUGACCUCAAUGGAGCCAUUUCUUCAUAAAUUCUUCCCACAAGUCUACACAAAGAUGAAGGAGGACACCAAGAUCAGCAACUACUGCAAAUUUGACAACCAACUCUUAACUUUAUUUACAUCUUCCCUUUACAUAGCAGGCCUUGCGGCUUCUUUUGUGGCAUCUUCUUUUACUAGAGCCUUUGGUCGUAAGCCAUCAAUUCUUGUAGGAGCCACAACUUUCCUCGUAGGCUCUUCUCUUGGUGGUGCAGCCCUCAAUAUCUACAUGCUCAUACUUGGUCGCAUCUUGCUUGGCGUUGGUGUUGGUUUUGCAAAUCAGUCUGUUCCUUUAUAUCUAUCAGAAAUGGCACUGCCAAGAUACAGAGGGGCAAUCAACAACGGCUUCCAAUUCAGCAUUGGCAUUGGAGCACUCAGUGCUAACUUGAUUAACUAUGGAACCCAAAAAAUCAAAUAUGGUUGGGGUUGGCGAGUUUCUUUAGCCAUGGCAGCACUUCCAGCUUCAAUCUUAAUAUUGGGUGCAAUUAUUCUCCCUGAGACACCCAAUAGCUUAAUCCAACGAACAAACAACUACCAUAAUGUCGAAUUAUUAUUGCAACGUAUACGAGGUGUAGAUAAUGUGCGGGAAGAGUUAGAUGAUCUCAUCAAAGUAAGCUCAGAAGCAAGAAUUACAAGUAACCAAUUCAAAAAAAUCUUACAAAGAAAAUAUAGACCUCAACUAAUUAUGGCAGUAACCAUACCAUUCUUCCAACAAGUGACAGGUAUUAAUGUUAUUGCCUUUUAUGCACCACUAUUGUUUAGGACAAUUGGCCUUGGUGAAAGUGCUUCUCUCAUGUCAUCAGUUGUGCUGGGUAUUAUGGGUGUUAGCUCAACAUUCAUAUCAAUGCUUAUGGUGGAUAAAUUUGGACGAAAAUUGUUGUUCAUGGUUGGGGGUGUGCAAAUGUUUGUGUCACAAUUGAUGGUUGGAGGAGUGAUGAUGGUUGAGAUGGGUGAUCAUGGAGGGCUGAAGAGUAAAGAGUAUGGAUAUUUUGUUCUGGCUCUUAUAUGUGUGUAUGUGACUGGAUUUGGAUGGUCAUGGGGUCCUUUGGGAUGGUUAGUUCCUAGUGAGAUAUUUCCUUUAGAGAUUAGAUCCAUAGGGCAGAGUAUUACAGUUGCAGUGAGCUUUAUCUUCACUUUUAUUGUUGCACAAACAUUUCUUGCCAUGUUAUGCCACUUCAAGGCAGGUAUUUUCUUUUUUUUUGGAGGAUGGAUGGUGGUGAUGACGAUGUUUGUCCAGUUAUUAUUGCCAGAGACCAAGAGCAUCCCAAUUGAGAAAAUGGAGAAUGUGUGGAGGGAGCAUUGGUUUUGGAAGAAAAUAAUGGAGUAAAUUAUCGAUAAUUGAAUGAGUUUAACAUCAUUCUUGUGAAGAUGCUAUACUAAUUUUAUUUGUAUUAUAUUUCUGCUCAUAUCAUAUCUCUAAAGGACAUUAAAUGAUUUUACAGUAUUAAUGGAUUUGAGUACAUAUCAAGAUACAUUUUCUACAUAA